UAGGUGGAGACAACAUAAAGAGUCAUAAAUAUGCUCUUUGUUCGGAAACGUUAAUAUACAUUGCCGAAAAGGAGCAAAGGAAGUGCACGAGAAAUUGCUGAACCUGAGUAGUCUUCUGGGAUUGCUGAUUGUGGCUGGUUUCAAGAACGUGGCAUAAUGUCUACAUAUCUCACUUUUGCAACAUUCUUCCUGCUGCUUGUUGUGGACUUGCAACUCUCAGAUGCAUGUAGCUGUGCACCAAUGCACCCACAGACAGCCUUUUGCUACUCUGAUGUUGUUAUUCGGGCAAAAAUCAUGUCAGUAAAGAGUGUGAGUUUUCCCAAUAGCACUUCCCUAUUUCAUGACUGCCUAGAGUAUGGAAUCAAACAGACAAAGAUGUAUAAGGGAUUUGACCUGGUUCAGGAUGUGGAGUUCGUAUACACAGCCCCUGAUGAUGGCCGCUGUGGGUUUACUCAUAACCCCAAUUCAACUCGGGAGCAAUUUGUUAUUUCAGGUCGUAUGAGAGAAGGGCGAGUCGUCAUUACAAGCUGCGAUUUUAUUGAGCCAUGGAAUAGACUUACAAGUGGUCAGAAGAAAGGCCUCAUGCACACCUAUAAAACUGCUUGUGACUGCAAUAUCACUCCCUGCUAUAGCUUGCCUUGUGCAGUGAAUUCCCAAAAAGAAUGCCUGUGGACUGAUGGAUUAAUUAAGCGGAGUUGGUAUGACGAUCAAUACCAUAAUUUUGCUUGCGUUCAUCAUGGAACUGGGACCUGCAUAUGGGAACGUCAGAAAAGUCGAGUCUCUCGCAAGUCCAUGAAAACUAAAUUUCUUUAAAUGUUUAUCACUCUUUGGCACUACCAUUACCACUGUAUUUAUGCCAUUUUGCUAUCAGUGAGUGUGGUAAUCACUGGAGCCAGUACUUAAGUUGAGACAUUUUUGUUUUUUAAAUAUGAAAGUUGGUUUUGUCAACAGUUAGUUCUACAAGGAGCACACUAACCUAAUCCCUUGUAGCAUUAAUGCAUCUAUUUAGAUCAAAGCCUAAAAGUGGCAACUGCAUUUAACAACCCAUAUUUUGUUUUUCACCCAGGAUACUAAUGACAGUGGUAAAAGUAAAGAUAAGAUGACUAUCUACUUUUGUUUUUCUACUUCCUUAACAGAUUUGGCUAAGUGCCAGGUCAAGAGUUGGCAAUCAAGAAAUCAAAAGACUUUUUAGAAGUGCCUGAACCUAAAUGAACAUCAAAAUACAACAUUUUUUUGUCUUUUUUUCCAUUUGCUGAUUAGAAUUUUUUUUUUUUACUGCUGCUUAAUGUCAAGUCUGAAGGUGACAAGGAGAACAGCAUCUUCUUCUGUAUAUAUAAAACCUGAGCUGUAUAACCUCAGAUACAUUUGCACCAACAUCUGUCAGACAAACGCCAGCCACUUAUUUAAAUACCUGUAACUCAAAGAUGUAACUAAGAUAGUUCUCUUUUUUAUUAACUGUUUUCUGCAUCUCACAUAGAACAUUCAGAACUCUGUAAUGGCUAUAAUCAUUAUUUCACCUGAUUGAUUAUGACUGUAAGAUCUUAUUUUACUAGAAUUAUACAAAUUCCAAAAUACACCUGCCUUCUAUUAGUCAAAGUAAUUAAGACGUGAAAUGCCAUAAGACAUAUUUUAUGGGACUGCAGUAGCAGUGGUAAGAAAAUCUCAUAGAGCAUGACUGCAGCUCUCAGCUAACCAUAAACAAUACACUUAAUAUUUACAAAACGAUAGUACCUAAAAAUAUAAAUUAACAAGUAAUAGUGAAUCAUGCAUGAGUGACAUUUUCACCUUGUUUCUUAUAGUGGUAUGAAACCUUAAAAUUAGCUUUCAGUCUUUUCUGUACCUUAUUAAAUUAUAGAUUCUAAAUAAAUAAUAGUUGCUGCUUUACCCCUGAUUCUUCAUUCACAGGAAUAACUAAGUCAGGAUUGGACCUUGUUGUUGGCUUUGUGGUACCAGAGUCAUUUUAACAGCUGAUGUAUGUGAUGUGAUCUAUAGGGCAUUGCAUUUUGACCUCCAUUUCUGCCCACAUUUUAAUUGGGCUGGCAUUGAUGAGAAUCCAGGGCAAUUGUUGAGGGCUGUUAAGUACGUUUUCUUUGCCAUUACAUGAGCAACAGUUCAGUUACACAAAGAAAGAAAGAAAGAAGAAUGCAAACAAAGUGCCUGCUUCUAUGAUGCUCUAAUUCACCGACAGGAACAGAAAUUGCACAAGUGGUUAGGUACCACUUCAUUUGCCAGAAUAUGUUUUUGUUUUUGAGUUGAUGUUUUACCUCCUUGAAUUACAUGCAGGAAUUAGCCAUAUCUAGUUCUGUUUCACAGACUGCAGAAUAAUUAGAAUUUGAUUUUGCUGAGUGUAGCAUCUCAGGACCAUCAACUUCUUACUUGUCAUCUGGGUUUUGUUCUCUCCAAUAACAUUAUUAAUAAUAAAGAGCAGGCAUCUUCCUGUGUUUUAAAUGGUGAUGGUACUGCUGUUGACAUGCACAAUCAGUGCUUGUGAUGUAAAAAAAAGUUUUGUUCCAAAAUCCAAUCUGUGUGAAACUGAGAUAGGCAUAAAUAAAUCUUAAUUAUUAAAGGUGAUAGGCAGAACACCCUCUAAUGGACACAGAAGAAAACAAGCACAGUAAAAAUAAAAAAAUAAUAACAUACUACUCUGAAAUAUCAAAAAUCACUGCUGCCGGAUUAGGUAAAGUUAAAACAGUUAAUAAUAUACUCUGAAAUAUUGAAAAUUAUUGUUGUGUCAGUUUUCAUACUAUGAAUUUGAUUUCAAAACAAGCAGUGAAUUAGAAUUAAAUUUUGAGGAAGAACAGAUGUUAGAUGCUCUAAGUGUAUUGCUGGAACAUCUGGAUUCAGCAGUACCUAUAUACUGCAAAGACUACGGUAUCUAUGACCAAAAAUUAUGGGACAGAAUCCCCACAUCCACCAUAUAGAGGGCUGUACCCCCCUGAAACCUACUAAAUAUAAUCACCUCUGGGGUUACUUUUUAAGGGGGGGUAUGAAGAAAAUGUUAACAUUUUCAGUGCUGGCCAAAACUUUUUGUUAGUACGCACAUUCAUUUGGGUUAUGUUUGGCCAUGGAAUUUAUUCCACUAUAUUAUAUAGCCCAUGAAGAAAUCAAUAUAUGCUUUUAAUCAGUGUAUAUAUAUAUAUAUAUAUAUAUAUAUAUAUAUAUAUAUAUAUAUAUAUAUAUAUAAUAUAAUAUAAUAUGUUGCUAUGACAGUUAUUUAUCCUUAAACACAGUAGUAAGAUAAGAUAACCCUUCCAAGGCAUUGUUCCUGCAACGCAUACGCUGUACAAUACUGUUUUUAAAUAAUAAAAUUAAUUUUAAAAGCAUUCAGAAUAACUGUGAGGUAUUUAUUACUCUAUAUAUCCCACUAUAUGUUUCUAAGAUUGUUGUAGCUGCGAAGUAAAUUCCAGAUAUAAAGAUGCCGCUUCACUUGCUGUCUUUUCCAUAAAUUUGCUAGAUAACUAGAUGCGUUUUGAAGCAGACAUAGCUGGAGUACAUGACAGUGGAGUUUGUUACCAGUGCUGGUAUUGCUGUAUUAUUAGUAGUAACAUAAAGCAUGAUGCAGAAAUCUGUCUCAUUUAUGAGUAUGAUGGAAUGGCAGUUCUGCUACACAUGUACACAAUAUACUAUGCAUUAUUUGGGUCAAACAUCCUAAAGAAAAGGUGACUGGUUUAUAUUUUAAGACUUGUUAGUUGUUACAACUUCAGUUUAAUAUAUACUACCUUUCUGUUUUUAAUGGAAACCAUUUUCAUGGUAACACUUGGUUUGAUAUGUGAAAUAUUAUUUGUAAUCAUUCUUUAAUACCACAGUUAUUCCUUACAUGUACUUCUUGUUUAAUAUGAAACCAUAACUGGAAUGCUACAAACAAAAAGCAUCACCCUUCAACUGUUGCAUGGGCCAUUAUGAAUGGCAAUAUGUAAAUUAUUAAAUAUUACACACAAUAAAUAAAGUAAUGCUUUAAUAUCCUACAUAUUACCAGACUGAAAGCAUUAUUCUGAUCAGAUGGAAAAAAGAAAAUAUACCAACAAAUUAAAAAUUGUUCUUAAUACGAUUCUUAGUGUUUAUGGAGCUGUUUCCUUAAAACAGAGGUGCACUGCAAAAGCAGUUCCCACUACCUUUUAUGCAUAAUUUGCAGUUGUAUACUCCUUUUUAAAUUAGAUUAUAUAUCAAAUAUGGUAUUACUAAAUGUGAUGGAUGGGACAUUCCUGUGCUUAGCAGCAGAUCAGCAAAUGAAGCCCACUAUGCUGUUCCAUUUGAUGUCAGUGUUUUAAUCUCGCUGACUUCUGACGGGUCGUACUUGAUAAUAACCGCUCUACAGCUUUCACAUUAUUCAGUAAUGAUAGCAGUACAGAUAAAAUUUGAAUACUCAAGUUAAGUAAGAGAUGAACAAGUAACAAAUGUGAGUUUCCAAUCAUAGAGCUACUUCACUCUUCUACCAAAAUAUUGUCAGGGAUUAGAAAGGCUAGAUUCAGGCCAGAGAAGCAGAAAGCUAUACUUCCUCAAAUGUAUAUUUUUCUGGCUUACUGGAUUUGUUUUCUGUAAAUAUUUAAGGGGAGAUGUUGUAAUAGCAUGCGUAUAAAAAUACUUUUCAAACUGCUUUGUGCAACUUUUACAGGAUGCCUGGAAAUAAAAUGCACCAGCCUGUAUAAAUACUAUCAUCUUUCUUUAAAAGAUUUCAAAGUACAAGUGAGACACCUAACAGUCUAUGACAGUUUAUAAUAAAGUUGACCAUGAAUUAUUUUGCUGCUGGCAGAGAGAUAAACAGUUAGAAGGAUCAAGGCUGUGUGCAAUAUAAGAUACACGUGCCACAUUAAAGACUUGGAGCACAACCUGCAGGUAAUCAUUAUCUAGUAUUAAUCCUCAUGUCCCCUGUUUAUCAUAGCAGUAACUCUGAUCACAGUAUUCUGGCACUGUGGUAGUUAUGUAUUUAAAAACCAAUAAGGGAGUAGUAACUAUCAGCACUUUUACAGUUUGAGUCAAGGAAAGGCAAACGUAUACUGAAGAAGUGGUGUUCCUGGUUACAGAAAGCAUUGUCAUAUAAUUCUAAUGCAAAGCAUUCAUCUUUGAAAGAAGGGGUGAGUGCCUGAAACAGAUAUAUGAAGCAUUGCAUUACUUCACAUAUUGCAUAUUGUCAUCCCCCAUUCCUAAUGUAUAGUUUGUUACUGUUUCUUUCAAAAAAACAAUGCUACAUAAAUGCAAAGCAAAUAGAAUUAGGAUAGAAUUGGGAUUCUGUAAAAUCACAUUUGCCAAAUAAUUGAAUCAUAUUUUGUUACCAUUAUAGUUAUUAUUUUUCUAUGUAUAUAUAAAAACCUGUGCUAUUUACUGAGAAUAUUUACUUUGUAAGGAAAGAAAAAAAGAAUUAUUGCUUCUACACUGAUAAAAUUAAAGGACUUCUUUUCUGA